CUCGGAAACCUCCGAAGUUCACAGCAAAACUCUUCGAACCGCAAUCACUCAUAGAAUCGAAAAUAUCUGGUCACCUAGCGAUUUGAAAAAAAAAUGUGAUAACAACUAUUUGUGAAGAAUUUUUCGCUCUGCAAAAACUUGUUCUUGACAUUUUCUCGUAAAAUGGUUAUUUGUGGAGAUAAUCGGAAAAAUGUGGGUAUAUUUGGAUGUGGGGGAGGAAUCGAUUUUAUUUCUUCAUUGUGAAGGCAACUUCACUUGUCUGGUGAUUCCUCUAUGGAGUUGUCCCUGAAAGAAAGUGCACCUGAUGUAUUGACUGAAAUAAUGAGAAAUUGAUUUUUGAGGAGGGAAAAUCGAAAAGUCUUGGGGAUUUUCUUGGGAUUGAUUUCAGACUGAGGGUGAAGUCGAGGUGAUUUUCGUUAAAGAUGAGUUCUGGGAAGUGGCAGUGAUGAGGCUGAAGGGGAAAAACAAUACAAAAUCCUUCCAGAGUGUCUACAAAGUGUUAUCACGUAUAUGUCGGGCAGUAGACAAAGGGCAAUUAGAUGGUUUCAUGGCUGAUGGUGGUACCCAGCCACUGAAAAGUGGCCACAAUUCCCAAGCAAUGGGUUUUGCCUCUCAACCAGUUCGCCAGAGCACAGAAGUCGCCAGUUCAGUGUAUGCAGUUGGCCAAUAUGCCCCAAAGGUCCUGAGAAAUUUGAAUGCCCAGAGAUUGAAGAACCAAUUCAGCGACGUGGGCCUGAUGGCUGGUGACAAGAUAAUCAGAGCACACAGAUCAGUUCUAGCAGCUGGAAGUGCAUAUUUCAAUGCAAUGUUCACUGGUGGACUAGUGGAGGAGCAACAAGAGCUCGUGGAGAUUCACUCCAUAACUCCCGGCAUAUUAUCCAUCCUCGUGGAUUUUAUUUACACUGGAAAUGUCGAUAUUACUCAGGAUAAUGUCCAGGAACUGUUUGCGGCUGCUGAUAUGCUCGAGCUGGAUGAAGUUGUGGCUGGCUGCAUCGAGUAUCUCAGGCAGCAGCUGCAUUAUUCAAAUGCUUUGGGAAUUUACAGAUUCGCUGAAGCCCACAAUCGUCUGGAGUUGAUGGAGACUGCCCUACGUUUCAUUCAAGUCAAUUUUCCUCAGGUGUCGCAGGAGGAAGAGUUCCUUGAUCUGCCAAAGGAAUAUCUCAUUCAUUUUCUCAGGAGUGAAUAUAUACACAUCGACACUGAAUUUCAGGUCUUCCAAGCAGCCUACAACUGGAUAACCCACGAUGUUCCCACACGUCGUUGCUAUGUUUUCGAAAUUCUCAGCCACAUAAGGCUCCGAUUGUGUUCACUGAGUCGUUUGGAGUCCAUCAUACUCGACUGCAAGGACGCCAGUCUCAUCGUAGCCCUCAGAUCUAUUCAGAAGGAUUUAAUAUCUAAUAAGGGGUGCUUGGUGCCUCUCAGGGCGCAACCACGAAUCUGUGCCAAGAAAAAUAUUCUCGUUAUCGGUGGAUCUAAGAGAGAACAUACUGCUGAUAGCUGGGCCAGAGAUGCUGAAUCUACUUAUGAAACUAUUGAAAAGUAUGACACAUUUACUGGACAAUGGAGUGAAGUGGCACCGAUAACCAUUGGACGAAUACUCCCAGGUGUUGCCCUUCUGGAUGGGAAGGUUUACGUGGUGGGUGGUGAACUCGAGUCAUGUAUAAUAGCCAAUGGGGAGUGUUACGACCCCAGAGACAACGUCUGGACAUCGAUUGCUUGCAUGGUAGAGCCCAGAUGUGAAUUUGGAUUGUGUGCUCUAGAUAAUCACUUGUACGCAUUCGGUGGGUGGGUAGGAGAGGAUAUCGGAGGCUCCAUUGAAACAUACGAUCCAAUAAAUAACACCUGGACACUCCAGGGAGAAUUACCGGAGCCCAGAUUCAGCAUGGGAGUUGUUGCCUACGAAGGAUUGAUUUACGUUGUUGGAGGCUGCACUCACGACAGUAGACACAGACAAGACGUAAUAAGUUACAAUCCAGUGACGGGAGAGUGGAACCCUCUGGCUUCGAUGUUGACUCCACGUUCGCAAAUGGGAAUUACCAUUUUAGACGGGUAUAUUUACGUCGUUGGGGGAAUGAAUAAGAAUCAAGAGGUUCUGACGUCCGUUGAACGGUACUCCUUCGAAAAGAACAAAUGGACAGCAGUCGCUCCAAUGAACAUGGGACGUUCCUAUCCUGCAGUGGCAGCUGCUGAUGGCCGUCUGUACGUAAUCGGUGGUGAUCAAUCACGUGAAAUUAAUUUCUAUCGUACGCAAAUCACAAUAUCAACUGUCGAGAGUUACGAUCCAAGUACAAACACGUGGAGUGAGUGUGCAUCAUUACCAACGAGUCGUGGUGAAGCUGCUGCUAUAAUAGCACCAUUCUGAUCUUUCAGAUUAAUAUUUUUAUCAUUUUUUAUUUAAAUCCAAAGUAUUGUUCAGAUUUAAUCAAAAAAUGACGAAAAUCCAUGGAAUUUAUUGAGUGUGUAGAUUAAUUCAACACUUUACGAUAAAUUGUGAUACUCGAACAUAUUAUUUUUCCCUUUUUUUAUGAAUUUAAUGUCUUGUUGUAUUUAUUAUAUUAUAUUUCAUGCUUUUAUUAGUGUUUAAUGAGUUCAGGCAGUAAUGAAGUGGUAAAUUGAGGAAAUUAUCGCAGAUUUCUCUGGGCGUUUUGCACCGAGUAACAAUUCUUAACGACCAAAUUACUGAAAAUUAUUAAUCAGAGGAAAUUGAAUCGAUGGAAUUGAGGAGAAUGAUUGUUAAUUGUCAAUUUCAC